AUGACCUCUCUUCCUGAAAGAGACCCACCUUUCCGGUCUCAGAGCUACCAGGAUACGGACUUGGACAAUCACGCCAAGAAGCGACCGCGUCCCUCUCACGAUGAGUUUAUCCAGCAUUUCACAGCAUCAACUGAGCCUCGUCCGCGUGGCAGACCCCGCGUAUCCAGCAAAACACCGCUUAGUGCUACACACGAGAUCCGUCGAUUAAGAGCUCAAGUAGCUUCUAUGGAAGAGGAGCUGCAGAAGCUGCACUCCAAGUGGACAGAACAGCUCCCAGAUUCUCAAACUCUGGCUACUGCGCAGCGUACGGCCCGCGAGAAGCAUGAAGUCACCCAGACAGAAGCCACACAUAACGAGCUUCAAGGGAUUCUUCUCCAGCAGCAAUUGAUGUUCGCUACACUACAGUCGGCUCUCCUUCAUGCACCACUUCAUUCAACUGGCCAGGAUAUUCUCAAGGCUCUGCAUUUUAACACGCAGCUCAGUCGUGACCCAGAAGAACGUAAGAAAGCGCUCAUGGUGCAUCACGCGCGAUCGGUUGCCUCUAUACCGUCGGCCGUGGACAAAAUAGCUCAAGUCGCGAUCGACAAGGCCCUCGCACAUAGGAAGGGUGCUGAUAUCGACAAACCCGCCACACCGUUGUCCCAGAUCGACAUCACGGGCUUACACGAAGCCAUCUCGAGAUAUUUCGACGACAUUCCAGCGUGGAUGGAGCGCCAUUUUGGCAUUGAUGCGGAGCGCAAGAGACUCAACAAUGCGGACUCUCCGGCUGUGUAUUGGAGAUUAAAACUUGACGGUAGUGGAAUCCCAGCAACGGUGAACCACGUCUUUUGUUCGGAACUUACCAACUCGUACGGAAUGUUUCACAUCGACGCCAUCACAGACGAUCCGUUGAACCCCGUGUCUUCGACUAAUGUGGUGGAGUAUGGACUCAAUGGGAUCACAAUUACCCCGCGGAAAGAUCCGGCCAUCACAGACGAUCCGUUGAACCCCGUGUCUUCGACUAAUGUGGUGGAGUAUGGACUCAAUGGGAUCACAAUUACCCCGCGGAAAGAUCCGAUAACAGGCCAGAUCACGUCGGUGACUUUGCGGUGGUUAGUGGUCUACCGCUACAACCUGUUGCCGGAUGACCCCAUUAUUCGACAAGAACUGGAGAAUAUACGACCCAUAUUAAACGGUGACCUCAUCACCUCCGCAGUGUGUGGCUAUCUCCAAGAGAGCCAACAGCCAAGCCCUCAAAGCGAUUGA